GGUAGAUUUAUUCUAUUUACACAGGCCAUUGUGCUCAAAAGGACACAUUAUAAUAACUGAAGAGAGGGUAAGAAAGAAAGGGAAGUGAGUGUUUGUGUGUGGCAGGGAGAAAAGGAGGUGGGGGGUGUUUGCAUUUGUUAUAAGGGUGCAGGUAUAAAGAAGAGCACAGGGCACAGUCAACUCUCCUGACACUCUUAUGACUGUGUUAUAUUGGCCCUCGCAGCGGGCAGAGCUGUUGUACCGGGUCUGUGCAGGACUUCUCGCUGUUUAUGUGUGUGUGUGUGUCGGUGUGUGAGUGAGCGUGAGUGUGUGUCCGGCUCCUAUGCUCCCCUCUCACUGCUAUGGUCGUCCACAUACGCGGUUGUAAUUUCAGCACCACAGACAGCUCUCUCUCCAGCUCAAACCUCAGCACGGACUCCCCGACGACGUCCCAGAGCCCCGGCGGGCUGAGCCGGACCGGCCACACGGUGGUGGCGGUAUGCCUCGGCUUCAUCUUAGUGGCGGGUAUCCUCAACAACUUCCUGGCUCUGCUCGUUUUCGCGAAGUUUCGCUCCCUCUGGACGCCCAUCAAUCUCAUCCUGUUGAACAUCAGCCUGAGCGACAUCCUCGUUUGUCUUUUCGGGACACCCUUCAGUUUUGCUGCGAGUCUGCACGGGAGGUGGCUCAUCGGAGAGUACGGCUGCAAGUGGUACGGGUUCGCCAAUUCCCUCUUUGGGAUUGUGUCCCUGGUGUCUCUGUCCAUUCUCUCCUACGAGCGCUACACCACUGUACUGCGUUCCUCCCAGGCUGACAUCUCAGACUUCAGGAAAGCCUGGUUCUGUGUCGGAGGCUCCUGGCUCUACUCUCUCUUCUGGACGUUGCCGCCUUUCCUGGGUUGGAGCAGCUACGGGCCAGAGGGACCUGGCACCACGUGUUCCGUCCAGUGGCACCUCCGCUCGCCCACCAGCGUGUCAUAUGUGUUGUGUCUGUUCAUCUUCUGUCUGCUGCUGCCCCUUCUGCUUAUGGUCUACUCUUACGGCAGAAUCCUUGUUGCAAUCAGGAGGGUGGGUAAGAUCAAUCUGCUGGCAGCUCAGCGCAGAGAGCAGCACAUUUUGGUGAUGGUGCUGUCCAUGGUGUCCUGCUACAUGCUGUGCUGGAUGCCCUACGGCAUCAUGGCCCUGAUGGCUACCUUCGGGCGCCUGGGACUGGUCACUCCCAUGGCUAGUGUGGUGCCCUCGGUCCUGGCCAAGUUCAGCACCGUCAUCAACCCUGUCAUCUACAUGUUCUUCAACAACCAGUUUUAUAGAUGCUUUGUGGCCUUCAUAAAGUGCAGCGGGGAACCAAAGUCUGUUCAAGGAGAGGAUCACCCGACACCGAGGACACAGCUUUAUGGUUUCUUCCCCAUUCACAGACGAGCCUCCCUCAGCUCUGUGCAACCUCAGAUCCACAGCAGCUCCAGAAAUGCUGCCCUCUGCAGCCGGCACAUUGAACGCCACACACUUGUCGUCCACUACACUCCAUAAGAGUUUUUGUCAUCUUUUUCAGACAGACUGUGAAAGUUAAAACUAAUGUGUUUUUUUCUGUGUUUGAAUGUCCAGGAUCCAAAGUGCAACUAAAAGACACAUAUUUGCCUUCUAUCUCUCAACACCCUGCCAUUGAUUUUACAUAUGAUGAUGAAUGUCACAGUCAGCUCUUUAACAUUUGAAUGUAAACUCAGUGCCAUGCAGUUCACCCUCUUACUUAAAAGCUAAUUUUACUUGGUCCUGUGUUGAACUUCCAGCACACAUGGAAAUGCCAGUGUACAGUAUAUAUUUUGAAUUUAUGCUCUGAAAAUAUGUUAUGUAUGUGUUUGACAAGUUUUAGCAGCUCUCAGUUCUCUGAGAGACUCUCUGAGAUGUACAUAUUUUUAAAAAUUACAAAUCAUUGAAUGUCUUUCAUGCUUUACAUAAAAAUAAAGUCCAACCCUGCUUAUCAUUUAG